AUGUUCGCCUCGUUUACAGAAAUUGGAACUGAGAAUCUCAUUACUAUGGAUUAUGUCAAUGGUGGUAUCUCGUAUCUUGUUGUCUGCUUCGGUGGGAUAGGCAUUGGUAUUCUGGUCGCUUUGUUUGCCAGUUUUAUAACAAAGUGA